AUGACCACCACAGGGGGAGUGCACCAUGACCCUACGGUCACCCCCAUACCACAGAACGUUCUCUCGCACCGUGACCCCUUGAUCACCCCCAUGAUGCAGAACGUUCCACCGCACCAAGCGGUACGAACCAUUGGGAAAAAUCUCCUGAGCGAGCCACCCAUGGGCUCCAUUAGCAAAAGGUUGGAUGACAUGCUCUCCACGCCUUUCUGCUCUCAUAUCAUUCAUUACGAACCCCCAAGGGGGUUUCUCGUACCAAAGUUCUCCACAUACGAUGGGUGCAGUGACCCCUUUGACCAUAUCAUGCACUAUCGACAGCUCAUGACCCUCGACAUAGGCAACGACCCGCUGCUGUGCAAAGUAUUCCCUGCCAGUCUGCAAGGACAGGCUCUUUCAUGGUUCCAUCGCCUACCUCCUAAUUCGGUGGAUAAUUUCAGAGACCUUUCAGAAGCUUUCGUGGGACAAUACCUAUGCUCCGCCCGACAUAAGCAAAACAUCAGCACCUUGCAAAAUAUAAAAAUGAAGGAUAAUGAAUCCUUGAGAGAGUUCGUGAAACGAUUUGGCCAGGCUGUCCUACAAGUGGAAGCUUGCAGCAUGGACGCUGUCCUACAGAUUUUCAAACGAUGCAUUUGCCCAGGCACUCCCUUUUUUGAGUCACUAGCAAAAAAGCCUCCUAUGACAAUGGACGACUUAUUUCGACGUGCAAACAAAUACUCAAUGCUUGAAGAUGACGUACGGGCAGCCACCCAGCAAGUAUUGGUUGCCGGACAGGCAUCCAAGGGUACUACAGAGGGAAGCACUAAACCUCCGGACAGGCCAAGACCAUCCGAUCGAAGGUGGCCCAGACCCCUCGGAUCGGAUCCAUCCAGGAGAGACCAUAGCAAAAAAUGCGCUUACCAUAAGGAGCACGGCCAUACAACGGAGACGUGCAGAAGCCUCCAAUAUUUGGUGGAAAGGCUUAUAAAGGCGGGUCAUCUAAGGCAAUACCUCCGUUCAGAUGCUAGAGAUGGAGAUGCCUCCCGGGGCCGCGACUCUGGGGCCCCCAUGGCUCCGGCCGGCCCCAAAGCCGUCAUAAAUUACAUUAAUGGAGGCCCGUCGGAUGAAGAGCUCAAUUCCAAGCGAAAAAGGCAGAGGUUGUUGCGGGAAGCGAUGGUGCGUGAGCGUAUCAAUUCCAUCCGACCUGGGAUAACCGAAUGA